CCAUCCAAGGGAAGUGAGUUGAUAACCGGAGUGUAUAUACACCGAGGCUGAAGCCACUUAUGAGCACUCCGAGUUCUAGGACAACCGCUACUAUGAAGUUGCUUGCUGCUUCUUUGGUGCUUUCAGCAUUUGUCCUUGUUUUGUUGUGUCCGCAGUGGGCUUCCUGCGAGUUCCGGUCGACAUGUCCAAUGUCCUGUGGCCGAGAAGAGGACUGUGUUCUGGAUCUGGUUGGGUGCUCUGGGGGUACCUGCUCACUGAUUCCCAUCUGCGUACCCAAAAAAGAUGUUCCAGUCUGCAGCGCGGUCUGCCCGCCUCAACAGCUCUGUGAAAUUGUGAAGACCACUUACACUCCUGAAUGUUUCGUAGUAUGAGAGACGUUUGAGGAAGGAGACACAUCUUAGAGAGAAUUCCCGCAAAUCUUGGCAGGACGAGAGCUGUGUCGUUUUCCUGAACAUGACGGAAGUUGGUUUAAACCCAGACAUUUUGAUUGUAACAAGUUAUAAAGUAGAUUUGAAGUGAUCCUGAAGUA